UCUCUCUCUUAUCGCCCUCAAUUCGCUGCAUAAAUAUGCAGAGAGCAGCACGCAGAACGUAAACCCAAAAGUUCUGAUUUUUAAGGAGGAAGAAAAUCCAAAGCCUCGGAAAGUCCCCACCCUUUUUCACCCUUAUCCGUUUCCCACAGAUUCCCCUCUUCUUCAUUCAUCCCUGUCUCUCUCUCUCUCUCUGCGUGUGCUUAGUCAGCAUCGAGCGUUUCACUUCACACACACCCUCUUCUGCUUCCAUUAACUGAUCCCGGGGCGAUUAAUGAAGUGAAGCAUAUCUGCUCCUUAACUCCCCCCCAUUGCGCGACCACGUCGCUGACGCUUGCGGAGGCUCUGUUUUCAUAAGACUCUACGUGGAGGAGGGGUUCGUGGGUUGCUCUCUUUUUUCCUGCCCCGACGUUCUGUAGAUGGCGGUGGUGCGUGCCUUUCCGUGAUCCUCCUGUCCCCUUGAUUCCCCGAUAUCCCUCUUUAAUUCCCCUCCUUUUUCGCUAGCGCCCCUUGUUUUGGGAUUUUGCGUGAACUUUUCGUGCGUCUGCGAAUAUGGAAAUUAUCCUCUCGCUUUAUUUUCUUGCUCCUUGAAGCUCCCCCUGCCCUUUUCGGAACAGAGCACGUUGGUGAAAAGUCAAGUGGGUGUGUGUCAAAGUCGUCGCUUGGGCUGAUUUUCUAAAAGCGUUGGCCCCCUCUUAAAUUCCGUCGGAGCGGCCGCCCUCGGUGCUGCGCUGGGAGCGUUCGAGAUGGACUUUGAUUUGGAAGCUUCAAUGGCGUUUUCGAGAGGCUGUGACCCGCCUAAUCUGCAAUGCUUUCUCGACUCGAUCACUCCAGUCGUUCCUUCAAGAACAGCUUCUCAGUUAACAUGAAAUACCUGCAGAGCCACAUUCAUGAUAUCAACCAUCUAUGGCAACCUGCUGGUAAGGAAAUGAUCGAGUACUUUGAACUGAAAGACCUUUGGCAUAGCUAUGAAGAAUGGAGCGCAUUUGGUGCCAGAACUAAAGUCGCGUUAAGUACUGGACAGACGGUUAAGCAAUAUUAUGUGCCCUAUCUCUCAGCAAUUCAGAUUUACACUAACCUGUCCAUUGUUUCCACCAGGAACAAAGCGGAGGGAAAUGUCGCGGUGGAAUUCGAAAGUGACUCUUGGAGUGAUGAUAGUGGGAGUGAUAAGCUAUCAAGGUCGUUAAGCAACAAUUCGAGCAAGGCUUGGGAUAGCAUCUCUGAAGAUUCGAGCCCGGACCAUCCAGUUUCAUGGUCAAUGAGGGAUAAGCUUGGCUCCAUCUACUUGGAGUACUUCGAGGCAUGUUCUCCUAACUGGAGAAUUCCUCUGUCGAAUAAGAUAACCGAAUUAGCAAAAGAUCAUCAGGCACUGACAACUCUUAGAAGCAUGGAUAUAUCUCCAGCGAGCUGGAUGGCUGUAGCUUGGUACCCAAUUUACCAUAUUCCAAACAGCAGCAACAAUAAGGACUUGCAGACUUGCUUCCUGACUUAUCACACAUUGUCCUCAUCGUUCCUAGAUAGUACUGAUGAUUUUUAUGAGGACGACCAAUGCCAUCCUCUUCACAUGGACACUAAACUGAAGGGGGUCGGUUCUGACAAGAUUCCGCUUAGUCCGUUUGGGUUGGCUACGUACAAGAUGCGAGGCGACCUCUGGGUGAAACCGGACACGUUCGAGCAUCUCAAGUUCACCCACCUCCACAACGCAGCUCAUUCCUGGGUGAAGCAGCUCAACGUUUACCAUCACGACUUGAACUUCUUCAGCCGCGACUCUAUUGAAUAAACUUGUUCUGUAAAGUAGCUCUUUUUCAACCGGCUUUUUUUCCUUUUUGUCAAAUAGAGCGCUCCAGCACCACCCCCACCUAAUUCCGCAACUUAGAGGAUGCAGCAGAGGGCCCCAAUUCUGGUUGCAGCAUGAAAUGGAGGAAACGGUUUCAUGCUCUCUUGCUAUGGCUUUGGUUUAGGAAGUUUUGUUGGAGAGGAGCUAGCUGUGGACACAGUUUGUCUAAUGUUCAUGUACCAGGGAAUCUAGGUGAGCGUACUUAUGGUGGUGAUCUCAUUGCAGGACUUUUUUAGAUCUCAUGCGUUUUUUCGCUUUCUUUUUCUUUUUCUGCUUCAUGUCGAUGCGAAGCGCUGGCAUGUACAUUCGAACUUGAGGAUCAGUUGCAGAUGAUGCUCUCUAUGUACAAGGGUUUUUCUGUAAUUGAAAAGGGUUACUCCGA